UCUCUAGUCGCGGUUCGCUCGGUAGGCACGCGGGGCACAGGCGAGAUGGCGGCGGUUCUUCUCCGGGCCACCGCUCGCGCCGCGAGGUCCUCUGCCCUCGUCCGCGCCGCCCUCCUCGCAAGCCCGAGCCCCCUCUCCUCCUCCUCGUCCUGCGCCGCCUCCCCUACGGCCGCCGGGACGCAGCCCCACCCGCACGUCGCCGAUGGAGCCGCGGGCCCGGACGUGGGUGGGGACGAGGACGACCUCAGGAGCCGCAUCUUCCGGCUGGGCCUGGCGAAGCGUAGCGCGACGGCGGCGCUCGAGAGGUGGGCCGGCGAGGGCCGCGCCGCGCCGGCGGCGGAGCUCCGCCGCAUCGCCCGCGACCUCAGCCGCGCACGCCGGUACAAGCACGCGCUCGAGGUAGCCGAGUGGAUGAAAACACAUCAUGAGUCUGAUUUAUCUGAGAAUGACUAUGGAAUGCGCAUUGACUUGAUUACCAGAGUUUUUGGUGCUAAUGCAGCUGAAGAUUUUUUUGAGAAACUUCCAGCUGGUGCACAGUCACUGGAAGCAUAUACAGCUCUCCUUCAUUCCUAUGCUCGAUCCAAGAUGAUAGACAAAGCUGAGAAGCUGUUUAAAAGAAUGAAGGAUGCUAACCUACCGAUGAAUAUCCUUGUUUACAAUGAGAUGAUGACCUUGUACAUUUCUGUUGGCGAGCUUGAUAAAGUCUCGGUUGUUGCUGAAGAGCUAAAAAGGCAAAAUGUUUCACCGGACCUCUUCACAUACAAUCUACGAAUCAGUGCAUCUGCGGCAUCAAUGGAUCUGGAGGGCUACAAAGGAAUCAUUGAUGAGAUGUCAAAAGAUGCAAACACCAAUGAAGGGUGGAAGUUGUACCGGGACCUUGCUGCUAUUUACGUUGACGCUGGUCAGCUUGUUGGUUCUGGCAAUUCGCUUGUGGAAGCAGAGGUGAAGAUCAGCCAAAGGGAGUGGAUCACAUACGAUUUCCUCGUCAUUUUACACACCGGACUUGGCAACCGGGACAGAAUCAAGGACAUUUGGAAAUCCAUGCUGAUGACUUCACAGAGGAUGACGAGUAGAAACUACAUCUGCGUGCUCUCCUCCUACCUGAUGUGCGGGCAGCUGAAGGAUGCCGGGGAAGUCGUCGACCAGUGGCAGCGGUCGAAAGCCCCCGAGUUCGACAUCUCUGCCUGCAACAGGCUGCUUGAUGCCUUCCUGAACGCCGGUUUCACCGACACGGCAAAUAGCUUCAGGGAAAUGAUGCUGCAAAAGAGCUGUAUACUGACAAGCAGGCAAGAGUGCUCCUCCUGAGUGGCUCUCCAUGCUGAACUGUUAAGUACUAGUAUGUCAUUACAUUAUACGAUGCAAUAAUAAUGGAUCUAUUUCCUAUCGGUUGCU